AUGGGACAAGACGCUUCAAAAGAAGCAUCCGGCCUGGACCAACUAAUUGAAGGUCUUCAGACCCUUCGGGAGCGUUUUCAAACGGACCCCACUUUCCAAAGUACGGUGAAAUCCUCACUUGCUGUGAGAAACUUCCAGUUCCCAAUGAAAGGGACCGAAGAGGAGGUCACAUUCCUGUUGAAUUGUGUGGAAGACAAUCAGGAAAAGGAUAAGAUUAUCAAGGAAUUGAAAGAGGCGUUGGAUAAGGAGAGAAAUAGCCAUUUGAUCACAAUCCUCGACUGGCAAAAGUCCUCGCCCUCGAUCCGCGUCGACGAGAAGCUCCGCCUCUCCAACGACGCCCACACCGGCUAUAUGGCUCAGCUUCUCGCCGAAAACGAGCAACUCCGCGGAGCCCAUAACGCAGUGAUCGAAAAGGAGCGUGCGAUGGAAAUCCAGAAGUUUCAAAUGUCCGAUCAAGUCGCCUUGAUUCUAGAGGAAUCUGAUAAGAGUCUGGAUGCGUUGAAGGCGGAGAAGCAGGAGAUGGAACAUCAGCUGAAAUUAAAGAACGAGGCGAUUGAAGCGUUGUCGAAAAAGAAUACACAGUUGACGGAGGAUAACUGGCAAUUGGAUAACGCCCGGAAAGCCUAUGACUCUCAAAUCAAGGCCAACACUACACAAAUCGAUGAAAUCACUCAGAACAAUAGGAAUCUCGAAGACCGUCUUAAAGAAGUGACCUCUGAGUUGAAAGAAAUCUACUACCAACUGGAAACUCAUAAAAGCGCUGAGGAGAUUGCACGAAUCGAAAAGAAGAAUGAGGAACAGGCUGCGACUAUUGAGAUUCUGAAGGGAGAGCUGAAUAUGGCGAAUAUUUUGAAGGAGGAGACGGAGAAGAAGCUCAAGAUAGUGCAGGAGACGAAGAUUCCGAAUAGGAUGCAACAAGGAGCCUCAACCGGACCUCAUCUUCCACGUCUCAAUCUCAAUCCUCCGCGCUUCAAUCCCAUCCAAUAUGGAGUCCCAAAUCCUCUCAACGCUGCACGCCCUCCAACCACCACCACCGAACAGGAUCACGACUCAUUAGUCACCGCAUUGCUCAACCACACGCCUCGAAACUUUGCGAACUAUCAAAAUGGCCCAUGGGACAAUUACUAUCAGUCUCCAAGACUCGUCAAUAACGCUCCACUGCCUCCAGUGAAUGUCAGAGCGAUGGAAAGCGAGUUGCAAGCGGUUUCGAAUAAGCUGGAGGCUACGGUAAAGGAGAUGGAUCAGAUGAAGAAGGCGCAUAAGGAGGAUAUGGAGAAGUUGAGGAAGGAGAUGGAAUCUGGAAUGUUGUCUGCACGUUCGGAACCAUCAAUUCAUAGUUUUGAUCAACUUGACGUUCAAGACCGGUCAUAUAUUACUCCGUUUCAUUUCCACCAUUGUAGGCCCACCUCAGGAGUCACCUAUCAAGCUGAGGAGGAAUCUUAUGAUCCGUACUAUAAUCGAUCAUCUUCUCCAAGAGCGCCGAAAUACAGAUACGAAGGUUGGCGGAUGUCGGCUGAGAAAGAAGAAGCGUUUGCGAGAGCUUUUAGUGGGCUUUCGGCUUCAGGUCAGGCUCCGGUUCCAAGAGGUAAAGCUCCAGCUCCAAAUCUCCAAAAAAAGGCUCUAAGAGGUAAAGCUCCAGCUCCAAAAGCUCAGGCUCCGCAAGCUCCGCCUCCAAGACGUCAGACUCCGCCUCCAAGAGCCCCAACCCUGGAAGACAGCGUCCGUGAAUAUUUUGAAUAUGCGGAUCAGCGUGAGAAUCAAUGCGCAGAGAUAGCAGCAGCAAGAGCAACGUUGGCGGCUCCACCAGUGGCUCCAGAAGAAUCGGCUCCAGAAGCCACGGCUCCACCAGCGGCAGAUUCGGAAGCGUCGGUGGCUCCAGAAGCAGCUCCAAAAGAAUUGGCUCCAGAAUCACCAGCCGAGAAUCUCGAAUCGUCUGGCAGCGAUGACUCGUGGAGCACCAUCACUUCGGAUAGUGACUAUCAAGAUGCUUAG